AUGGAGUUCGGAACUACAGUCUCGACCUGCAAUGCAACGUUGGUUCGCGGUAACCACAUCUUCGUGGUUGAUGACUACAGUGUCAUCAAGGAAACUGAUAUAGGCAAAUUUGUAAGGUCAGAUGCCUUCCAAGUUGGUGGCUAUGACUGGUCAGUUAGAUUCUAUCCACAAGGAAUCAAUGAUGGAUGCCAAGACCACAUCUCUAUUGUUGGUGAGCUUAUGAACGAAGAUGUAGAAGUGAGGGCCAUAUUUUAUUAUCGAUUGAUCUCCCCAGGAGGACAGUGUACUGAGUGGAAACAGAUGAGAGUGUUAAACCUAUCUAGUGCAGAGGGCAAAUGUAGGAUGGGAGGGUGGGAGAAGGUCAUGGAGAAAACAUUACUUGAAGCAGAGUAUGUGAAAUUUGACCACUUCUCAAUCGAGUUUUCAGUCAGUGUUAUAAAAGAUCCAGUGGUGACUAGCAGUGACUUACUACUUUCACCCCAAGUGAAGCUGCCGCCAUCACAGCUAUCAAGUGAUUUCGCAAAUAUUCUAGAGUCAAAAGAAGGGGCGGACGUGACCUUCUGCGUACAAGGUGAGCCAUUUCUUGCACACAGGGUAGUGCUUGCUGUGAGGUCCCCUGUGUUUAGGGCGCAGCUCUGUGGCCCAAUGAUGGAGAAAGAAGGGUCAUCUCUAAUCUUGGAAGAUAUGUUACCUGACGUUUUUAGGACACUUCUGCAAUUUAUCUACACAGACUGCUUGGUGCUUCCUUUCGAUGAUUUCGAUGACGAGGACAGAAGAGAGAUUGUACGCCACUUACUGGUGGCUGCCGAUCGCUACCGCAUUGAAAGGCUAAAGCUCAUAUGUGAGGCUGCUCUUUCCAGGUGUCUUGAUGCACAGACAGUGGCAACUACAUACGCUCUAGCUGAUCAACAUCAGUGUAACGAUCUUAAACAGGCAUGCCUCAAAUUUAUGGCAUCUCCAACAAUAUUUGGUAAAGUGUUGGCAAGCCAAGACUAUAACAACCUCAAGAGAAAGAGCCCUAGUACAACAUUGGAGAUUUUAGAGAGCAUUUAUAAGUUCCCAAAGAUCUAG